AUGGACUUUUCACUUUUUCCUCUCUAUAGCAUUACUCCUUUUCUUUUCUCUCUUACGUUAUCAUAUGAUCCUCUCGUUUCUCCCUCUAUUUCAGUUCAUCCAUUACGUGGAAGCGCCAUUGACAUUCAUCCAAAUGCUUACUGGGAACAAAAUGGUAUUACAGUAGCUGGAGGAAAAGGAAAUGGCUAUGGAACCGAUCAACUCAACAAUUCAUGGGGUUUGUUUGUGGAUAAUGAACAAACAGUCUAUGUCGCUGAUCCCAACAAUCAUCGUAUUAUGGAAUGGAAAAGGGAUGUGACGAGUGGCCAAGUGGUUGCCGGUGGAAAUGGACAAGGAAGUGGAGAGAUCAUCAAUUGUCUUAUCCAUAUGAUGUGA